CUAUACAGCAGCGCCCAACUUUGUUCGCUUCAGCUUUAUUAUUGAGAAAACAACCUGUAAUCCGAGCGGCUAACACUAGGGAGCGCCUCAGGCUCAGCGCUCAUUGUUCAACCUUACUGUGCAGGCUUAUUGCCCUCAGUGAUUUAGGUAUUGCUGGUCAGCUGAACAAAUAUGUCAUCCAUCAAGCAUCUGGUGUACGCCGUCAUCCAGUUCUUAAAAGAACAGAGUCAGCGGGAUGUCUACACGUCAGAUGAGCAAGAAAGUUUGGAAGUGGCAGUACAGUGUCUGGAGACUGUCUUCAAAAUCAGUUGUGAAGAUACUCAACUUGCAGCACCUUAUACCUUGGAAGAAGUAUUCUCCCAAGCACACUUGAAGAAAGACAACAGUACCCCAGCAGAAUCCCCUUCAUCAGCAUCAGGUACCAUAGAAAAAGCUGAACAGUUGAAAGAUGAAGGAAAUAAUUACAUGAAAGAACAGAACUAUGAGGCUGCAUUGGAUUGUUACUCGCAGGCUGUAGAGCUGGAUCCAAACAACGCAGUAUAUUACGGUAACAGAGCUGCUGCACACAGUCAAUUAGGCCGUCACAGCGAUGCCAUAACAGACUGUGAGAAGGCGAUUUCUAUUGAUGCCAAGUACAGCAAGGCUUAUGGGAGAAUGGGUCGAGCUCUGGCAGCAAUGAAUAGGUAUAAAGAGGCUAUCAGCAGCUACCAGAAGGCCUUGGAUCUCGAUCCUGAAAAUGAGUCCUACAAGUCCUAUUUGAAGAUAGCAGAGCAAAAAGUCAGACAAGUACCCAGUCCCACUAGUGCAGGAUUUGAUAUGGCCAGUCUGAUGAAUAACCCAGCAUUUGUAAGCAUGGCAGCCGGCUUAAUGCAAGAUCCACAAGUUCAACAGCUCAUGUCUGGUAUGAUGGCUAAUGCUGGUGGAGGCCCGGCUGCAGGUGUUGGGGGUCUAACAGAUCUCUCCAGUCUCAUACAAGCAGGACAACAGUUUGCACAACAGAUCCAGCAGCAAAAUCCUGAGCUAAUCCAACAAUUACGAAAUCAAGUGAGGAGCAGAUCUUUUAGUGGAACCACCGAGGAACAUUCAUGACACACAGCAGCCGGAAAGUCAAAGAAAUGAAGGCUAACCACCCACUGCGCACAUGUUAAUGGCGGAGGCUGGAGUGUCUGGGCUCCCAUUGUCACUCACAUGUAACUACGGCAGAGCAUGGAUACAUGCCACAUGGUAUUAUGUGGUUCAUGAUGUCUAGGACAGAACUCAACCACACUCGCAUUGUAUCUUCAGUUUUAUGUAUCUUUUGCUAAUGAAGGAGAAAUGUACUAUGCUACCGAUUCUGGAAAAGCUUUAAUGCGACCUAGAACUUAUUAGUAUGUGCAAGAAUUGGUAAUGAUUAUUAGCAAUGCAGAAAGUCUUUAUAGAAAACCCUUAUGGUAAUGGAUUUGCCCAUGUUUCAUCAGGUCUUGGCACAGAAUUCAUUACAUAAUGGAGGGGUGUGCAUCUUAUCACUAUAAGUUAUAUGUUUAAUCCUAGAAGAGUUUACAACGUAACAUUCUGUUAAUAUUUGUUGUAUCCUGUAGGCAGAUUGAUCAUAUCAUAGGAUGUUUUGUGAAAUGUUUAAUUGCAUCUACAGCAGCUUAGCUCUCUAUGGCUAUAAUGUAUUCAUAAUCUACACACAUCAGCUGGACUAUAUCUUUUUACUGACCUUGGACUGAUAAAGCCGGACUUAGAUGGUACAUAUGUUUUACACAUCGCUAUUUACUAAAUUUGUGGUACUGGAUUUGGGCACAGAUUAUCUGGGGCUUUAGUCUCCUUCCAUCUAGUAGGCCAGACCUACAGCCAUCAGAAGCCUGUAGGCACAGUUCAUCUGGUGCUUUAGACCCCGUCUAUUAAAUUGACCACACCUAAAGUUCUAAGGAGUUUGUAGGCACAAUAUCUGGUGCUUUACUCCCUUUCCCAUCUAGUAGGCCACAUCUUCAGUCUUCAGUAUCCUGUAAGCACAGAUUAUGUGGUGCUUUAGCCUCCAUCUAUCUAGUAGGCGACACUUCCAGUCCUCAGGUCAAGAGUCUGUAGGCACAAAUUCUCUGGUGCUUUAGUCUCCACCUGUUAGGCUGCACCUUCAGUCCUGUAGGCAUGAUUAUAUGGUAUUUUCACUUUUACCCAUCUGAAAGGCCAUACUUUGGCUACUUUCACACUAUGAGCAUUCAUCCAUUAUUAAACAUACAUUUUCUGUGUAAAAACUGAUGUAUAAUAACGGAUGAAAUAACGUGUGCUAAUGGAUGAAUAAAUAUUCUUCCGUUAAGACCCGUUAUAACAUCCCUCAUGUAUGGCUGUUUAACACCUCUGCCUACGGACUCCCACAGCCAGAACUACUACUACUCCCAUCAUGGAACAGACUUGUUUCCAUCAUGGGAGUAGUAAUUCCCUGGCUGUGGGAGUCUGUAGACAGCUGGGGAGGCUACAUUAGUGUUUGUACUACUACCCUCAUCAUGGAACAGAGUCUGUUCUAUGAUGGGGGGUGUAGUACAGGGGCUGAGGGAUUCAUCUCACCGGGUCUCACUUCUGAGACCCAAUGCGAUCAGAAGUUAUUAAACAGGGUAGCGGGCGGCAUGGUCCACAACUCUGUGAUGUAUCGUGUGUUAACUUUCAUUUUUAAAUCCCCCGCGGAGAGCCCUAAAUGGCUGGCACCGAGGAGCCAUUCAGGGCUCUCAGUGGGAGAUUUAAAAAUGAACAUUGUGAGUGGCAGCGGGGGUCAUAUGUAUAUUAAAAGCGAUGUGGGGGGCAAGAUAUAUAGCGCUGCAGGGGGAAGACAUAUAGCCUAUAUAUUUAGCCCCCCCAGCGCAUUUAAAAUAUACCCCCUGCAGGGCAUUUAUAUAUACCCCGCCAGCGCAUAUAUAUAAAUGCGCUGGGAUCUCCCGCGAUCUUCUGUACGGGGCAGCGGCUCUCCCCGUGCAGGAGGUGUGUCAGCCGCAUGACGCCGCGACCGACAUGCCCCCUCCAUGUAUCUCUAUGGGAGAGGCGGAGAUGCAGCAUUCAUGCAUCCCCGCCUCUCCCAUGGAGCUGAAUGGAGGGGGCGUCUGUUGACCUUUUAGUGAGGUUGACGACACGAGCAUUAGCCGUGCAGAGCCGCGGCAAUGUCAGGUCCCCGUACAGGAGAUCACUGGGGUCCCAGCAGUCGGAACCCCCACAAUCAGACACUUGUCCCCUAUCCUGCUGAUAGGGGUUAAGUGUUUUAUGGCUGCAGUUCUCCUUUAAGUAGGCCAGACCCAUAGUGAGGGGGCAUUACUAGGUCUCCAAAAGACCUGGGGGGUGACCACUGGGAUCUCCCGCUAUCUUCUGUACGGGGCAGCGGCUCUCCCUGUGCAGGAGGUGUGUCAGCCGCAUGACGGCGCGACCGACAAGCCCCCUCCAUGUAUCUCUAUGGGAGAGGCGGAGAUACAGCGUUUGUGCAUCCCCGCCUCUCCCAUGGAGCUGAAUGGAGGGGGUGGGGAUUGGGUUAAGUGUUUUAUGGCUGCAGUUCUCCUUUAAGUAGGCCAGAACCAUAGUGAGGGGGCAUUACUAGGUCUCCAAAAGACCUGGGCUAGAGCCCAAAUCCCCAGCCACACCCAGCCUCCUUCUUCAAUAUACAUGUGCAACCACACAGUGUAGGUAGGAUAGUAGGUCCCUCAUUGAGUAGGUGUAUUCCCCACAGUAGGCAGGCAGGUCCCCCAUUAUGAAGGUAUGCCCCACAGUAAUCACAGAGUCGAAGAGCAGAUAAUCAGGGCCUCAGAGUUAAAAAAAAAAGGCCUCAGGUCACAGCCUAAACAAAAUAAAUUAAAAAACAUACCAAUGAUCAGGUCCACCUUGGUAUAUCCUGGACCCAGAAUUAAAACCUAAUCUCUAAUAAGUAGAAGUACAAAUAUAACAAAAUCAGGAUGAUUCCUAAAUUUGUUGGUGUUCAAUAAACACUAUUAUACUCUGGUGACUUUGCACCUGGACUAUAUGACAUGCUUUUACCCAGAGGGAUUUAGGGGGUUAUUAUUUCUGAGGAUUCAAAACCUAGUAUCUCUGGUGCUGUAUGGUGCUGAAGGUGUUACCGGUGCUAUCAAUGGUGCUCAAGGGUGGUAAAACUAUAAUCCUUUAGAGCCCAUACACACUACAGAAUUUCCACGACUCUGCCAAAAGAAGGAAUUGCAUUGCUGUCAAUGAAGAUGUCUGCGCAGUCAUAGCGCCUGUUCGUUACGGCAGCGCCCGCUGCACACACUAUAUUCGCCUUGAUUUUCUCCAGGCAGAUAUUCCGUAGUGUGCAAGGGGCCUUAGAAAACAAAUGUAGACUAGAGGUGAUCACUUAAUAUUCUUAAAUGCAAAAGGAGAGAAAGGCUAUUAAAGAGCUAAAUGUAAUUUUAUAAAAUUCAAAAAUCCAAAAUUCUGUGCUGAUAAUAUAGGUUUAUACACAACUCCCUUUAAAGGGGUACUCUGGUGGAAAACUUUUUUUUUUUUUUUAAAU